ACAGUAAUUUUAAAAACAUAGCGGGUAGGCGAGACGGUAUGUGUAAACUCUUAUAACUGAUUAGGUUUCUUUGCAUAUAAUGUUGUAAUGUGGAUACAUAAAGAAUAGUUCAAAAGUUGCCGAACAUUUUAGGUAGAUUUUCUAAACUAACGCACGCAUUGCAACGUAUUCCAGAACAAGCACUUGUUCGUUUAACCAGAAUUUACUCUGCUCGAUUGAAAUAUGCUUGAAUUAUCAUGGAUGUAUUUCUUGAUUUCUUGUGUUUUAUCAAUGGAAAAUGUAGUUUUAAUUACCAUGGAGUGCUAGAAAUGUUGUAUACAGAACACUGUCAAAACCAUUAUCAUAGACUGCAUGGCUUCAGGGAUCGAAGUUAACUUUUUUCACUACUAGCAAAUUUUAGCUAGUGGAUUAUUUUCCAACUAGCAAAAUUGAGCUUUUACUAGCAUUUUUCAAUCGAUUGCUGUUUUACAGGAAUUUAAGAAAAUUAUGCAUGUAUCUAUAUCAAAAUAUAGGGAAAAUCUUAAAAUCUUCUUUAAAGUGCAAUAAUAAAAAUAAUAUUGAGAAUUCUUUCAUUUAAAAUUUAAUGAAUUAUCAGACAACAUACAUUUAUCAUUGGUGCAUGAUGAGGGUCAUAGGGUACACUUGUGCGGCGAACUCGCUGUCCAGAGAUCUACCACCUAUUUACAACAUCAUGUGGUUUGAAAUCUUGAAGACUGUUUGCGGCAAUUCAAACUAUAUGUUCAAAACUUUUGGAAAUUUCAUCUAAGAAAGUCUAGUUGGAAAAAAACCGCGAACUCUAAGUGUUUGACUAUAGACUACAGAAGGACACUGCAUGAAGCGUGACACUAACACUUUCAUGUGUUGUUUCAUGUAAACACGAACGAGAUCAACAUGCUUGCUAUUUAAAUCAGACAACUCUGAGACGCCAGAAGUGUGCAUGAAGAGGUCAUCUUCGACAUCACUGACUGAGAUGAUCUUGGCCUUAGUUAUUUAUUCGAUCCACGUUUACUUUUUCAAUACUUGUAUAUUCAUUCUGUAAAGUGUUUCUAUGCACAAGACAAAAUUAUUGUAAACUUCAAAGUACAGCCAAUAAACCAAGGAAAUCCGGAAAAAAGAUCGGGUUUUUUUUCCCCUCGCAGAAAGUGACCGUGUUGAGGGCGAAGCAAAAAAUAUUGGCAUUAGUAUCUAGAUCCAUAACAGAACAAAAAUAUCCCGAUUUAUUAGCACCUAACGUGUGAGGACAGAGCUCAAUCAAAGUAUUCUAACUUUAGACAUUUUUGAUCUGCCUAUUAAUUGAACGCAGGAAACUCUAUGCAACUGAUGUAAACAGUGUAUUGUGACGUCAUAAUCAACGUCGGUGUUUAGCAAAUACACAAACAUAGGAGCCGUGGUACAAAUCACGUUUAUCGAGGAGUGAUUAUAUAUGAUUUAGAAAACAAAGAUUCACAUGCUUUUUGUUUUAAGAAUCUUAUGUAACAUCUCAGAAUGACGUGAACUUGGGUACACUAGAUUCAAAAUGGAGAAAUACAUGUCCAUGCGCUAGUAUUCGAAUCGACGCCAUUGGGACCAAAAAUUUCAAGUUCCAUAAAGAAAAAGCUGGAUCAUGACUUUAUUUCACAAAAUACACAAAUGUUUACUGUGUGUGAGGACUUCCAGGCAAAUUCCAGGCAAAUUCCAGGUGAGACUGCGCUUAUUGUUUCAGGCAAUUCCAGUGGCCAGUAUAUAUGGAGGUCAACAAGAUUCACAAUCAAAGCCCUAUACCCCCCGCAGAGCUGUGAUGUAUGUCCCAGGGAACGAUCAGAAAAAAAUUCAAAAGGUUACCUCCCUUGAUUUGGACUGCGCUGUUUUGGACUGUGAGGAUGGUGUCGCAGCAAAUAAAAAGGAGGAAGCACGAUCCACCAUUAGACAAGCACUGGACCAGGUGAACUUCGGUUACACGGAGUGUAUUGUCCGAGUGAACUCGGUAACGAGUGGGCUUAUGGAGAAGGACUUGACAGAAGUAUUGAAGGCGGAGAGAAUGCCUCAUGCUCUCAUGCUUCCCAAAGUAGAGAGGCCGGAGGACAUUGAUAUGUUUACCAAACGACUGAAGGAAGCAUUGCAAGGGAGACCACUCUCUACCCGUCCGUUCUUGAUAACGUAUGUGGAGAGUGCCUUGGGGCUGAUGAAUCUGAGGGACAUAUUUAAGAAGACGAUUGAUCUCCAGCUGAAGGAACAGCUCUACGUUCUGGACGGGGUCGUGUUUGGGUCCGACGACUUCUGUGCCGAUAUUGGAGCCACACGGACAUCUGAUGCUAAAGAAUUGCUGUAUGCCAGACAGAAGAUUGUCACCUGCGCCAAGGCCUUCAAACUACAGGCGAUUGACAUGGUACAUAUUGAUUUAAAAGAUUUAGAGGGCAUUGAGAAGCAGUCACUGGAGGGUGCUCGGAUGGGAUUCACUGGAAAACAAGUCAUCCACCCCUCUCACAUCCCGAUUGUACAGAGGGCUUUCUCCCCGACUGCGGAUCAGGUGAAGUGGGCCACAGAGCUUGUGGAAGCAUUUAGUAAACAUACGGAUUCAGGAAAGGGUGCUUUUUCAUUUCAAGGAAAAAUGAUAGACAUGCCAUCUGUUUUACAAGCGAAAAACAUUUUACAACUGUCCACUAAUGUGAGUUCCAGAACAUCCUGACACUGGAUUGGUUAAUUGACCAGUGACCUUCAUUGACCCUGAGUGCCAUAUUGAAGAGUACUACGAUGUGCUUUGAUAUCCUGUAUGCUGUCAAUUCACCAUCAUCUGUUAUCAUCAUUGGUGAUGUCCACAAUUCAUAACAUAUCCUGCAGCAAGAGAUAUGUUUUAUACUCGUAUGGAGCAGCCAAUCAGAUUGUUUUAUACUCAUAUAGAGCAGCCAUUCAGAUUGUUCUGUAAGUGUAUGAAGCAGCCAAUCAUAUUGUAUCAAAUUGUUUUAUACUCAUAUGGAGCAGCCAUUCAGAUUGUUUUAUACUCAUAUACAGUGCUCCAAGUUGCGAGUCGCAUUUUGCAGCCAAUCAGAUUGUUUUAUAUUCAUAUAGAGCAGCCAAUCAGAUUGUUCUGUACGUGUAUGAAGCAGCCAAUCAGAUCGUAUCAGAUUGUUUUAUACUAAUAUAGAGCAGCCAAUCAGAUUGUUCUGUACAUGUAUGGAGCAGCCAAUCAGAUUGUUUGGUACAUGUAUGAAGCAGCCAAUCAAAUUGUAUCAGAAUGUAUAUUACAUAUAUAGAACAGCUAAUAAGAUUGUAUCACAUUGUUUUGUAGACCUCUAGAGCAGCCAGUCAGAUUGUUUGGUACAUGUAUGGAGCAGUCAAUCAGAUUGGUUUUUACUCAUUUGUGCUUCAGAUUAUUAUGUUGAUAUUCAGAGAGUAUACAUGUAUGUAUGGCGUGUUACAGCAGUUUAUUAUUUUUAAUCUGUCUGGUACAUGGAUUUCUGUUUUUAGAUAAUCUUACAUACAGUUGGGGUGUUAGGUCUUUUCUGCCCUGCAGGAUAUAAUCUUUUCUGUUCAUGUUCAAUAACAUUAUGUAACCUUGCAUUUGAUAUUUAAAUAAAUUCCUGACUGUUACA